UCUGUUUUUGAAUGGGGAGAACAGUGAUAUCAAAAUUUGUGCUCUGGGAGAGGAGUGGAACUUGCACAAGAUUUAUUUGUGUCAGUCAGGCUACUUUUCCAGUAUGUUCAGUGGCUCUUGGAAAGAAUCCAGCAUGAAUGUCAUAGAGCUGGAGAUUCCUGAUCAAAAUAUUGAUGUAGAAGCCCUGCAGGUGGCCUUUGGCUCGCUCUACAGGGACGAUGUGCUGAUCAACCCCAGCCGCGUGGUGGCGCUGCUGGCCGCAGCCUGCAUGCUGCAGCUGGAUGGCUUAAUCCAGCAAUGUGGUGAAACAAUGAAGGAAACCAUCACUGCCCAAACUGUGUGUGGUUAUUACAAUUCUGCAGGGACAUAUGGACUGGACUCCGUGAAGAAAAAGUGCCUUGAGUGGCUCUUGAACAAUCUGAUGACUCACCAGAGUGUUGGACUCUUCAAGGAGCUCAGCAUAAACCUCAUGAAGCAGCUGAUCAGCUCCUCCAACCUGUUUGUGCUGCAGGUGGAGAUGGAUGUGUACACUGCUCUCAAAAAGUGGAUGUUCCUUCAGCUCGUGCCUUCUUGGAAUGGCUCUUUCAAGCAGGUGCUGACUGAAGCUGAUGCCUGGUUUGCUGAGCGCAGGAGAGAGUUUGGGGGCGACGUUGCCUUCCUGGAGUCGGCGCAGGGCAGCGCCUUCGUGCCCGUGUUCGCUCACCUGAGGCUGCAGUACAUCAUCAGUGACCUGGCCUCGGCCAGGAUCGUGGAGAGGGACGCCCUGCUGCCCUCAG